AUAUAUGUGAUGGCCUCAGACCAAAAAUUUCUUAUGCCAUACCAAAAUCUUGGAAGGAUUUGAUUGAAGAAUGUUGGAAUGAAAAUCCAAAAAAACGGCCUAAUGCUAAUCAACUUGGCAAACAACUUAAAAAAAUAAGAAGACGUGGUGCAAAAUGGAUAGAAAAAGAUAUUGAUGAAAGUGAAACAGGUGAAGUCAAAACGGAAGUUAAAAGACAAAGUCUUCAUCCAGAUGCCAUUUACACAAGCAGAUUAAUUCCUUACCUUAGCAACACAUCAACAAUACACAAUGAUGAUUUGUUUACACCUAGUUAG